AUGGCAUCACAAUUUCUAUUGAAGCAAGCGAAAACCAGUGCUUCCAAACAGGGUGCUGUGGCGGGUCCGUCGUCGUUCAAAAACCCAUCAACAACAUACAUGAAAGAAAAAAAUCUUUCCGUUUACGACAAAUGGUUAAAAAAUGGCAAGGGAAAGCAGCAGAUUAAAAAGAAAACGAAACUAAGAAAAAAACGAGAACUAGCUUGGAAGAAAGAAUGGACACAGCCUAGUUCUUCUCACCCUUAUGCUUUUACUGGUGCAAGUGCUUUUGCAGACCGAACACAUCAGAAAUUUACAAAAGACAAGAAAUGGGGAACUCAGAAUUGGUCCAAAACUCGAGUAAAACAAGAGCAGAAAGAGUGGUUACAGAAUCAAGAUACGUAUCAAGUCCACCGUCCUGCGCGAAAACGAUACCCUCGCCGUCCUUUUGGACCCGUCUACGGUUUGGAUGAUCAAUGGCAGAUGGACUUAUCUGAUAUGCAACGAUCUGAUGUCGUUAAAGAAAAUGACAAGUAUCGAUUUAUUCUCUUUGCGAUUGAUGUCUUGUCACGAAAAGCAUGGGCUAUACCACUGAAAAACAAAUCAGGUCCUGAAACUGCACGUGGAAUCAAAGAACUGUUUCAACAUAUCAUCGAUAAUGAGGCUGAACAUGAUAUUCCUCGAGUUAUUUAUGUGGACAAAGGUUCUGAAUUCUACAAUCAAGAUGUCAAAAGAUUACUCAAGGAAUAUCCUAUUCCUCCAGAAUUGCACUCGGGAGAAUCUUCGACAAAAGCAGCUAUAGUGGAACGACUUCAAAGAACCAUCAAAGGGCAAAUAUGGAGAUAUUUUCGUACUCGUGGAUCUUAUCGAUGGGUGGAUGUUUUAUCUUCAAUCAUGGAUGCAUACAAUGCACGAAACCAUCGGACGAUCAAACGAGCUCCGAAUGAAGUCACUAAAAACAAUGAAGAAGAAGUGUGGAAAACUCUUUAUGGAAAUAUGGCAGAAUUUCGAGAUCGAUUCGAUCAAGCUCCCCUUCAGAUGAAAGAAAAAUUCUAUGAUUUUAAAGUAGGAGAUAUUGUUCGUACCAGAUAUAUUACUCAGACAUUUGAUAAACGUUAUAUUCCCUUAUGGAGUGAAGAAUGGUUUCGAAUUCGUGCUCGUGAAAUUGGUCCACCACCUUAUUACAGGCUUAAAGAAUAUCGUGAAAAUGGUGAAGAUAUCGUUGGAACAUUUUAUGCUCCUGAAUUACAACUUGUCAAUCCAGAAGAAAUGCCUCGUUUUCUUGUUCAAGAAAUUCAGAAACGUCGAACCGAUCCUAAUAAUAAACGUAAAAGACAAGUAUUUGUCAAGUAUAAAGGUUGGCCUGAUAGUUACAAUGAAUGGAUUGAUGCUCGAGAUGUCAGCGACUUAACACCUCCGCCACCGAAACAAAAGAGAAAAUCGUAA